GUCACUGUUGACGUUAUACACAUAGACUUCUCAAUUUGGUCAUCUGUGCUAGACGGUGUUGACGAUAUCAAUCAGAGCAAAAGGACCUUCGAUAUUGUUAUCUUCAACGCCGGGACCAUGUUUCCGGAAGUGUCAAAGACUACUGAUGGAAUUGAGACUUGCCUACAGGUGAAUGUUCUCGGCCACAUGUACCUAGCCGAUGCGCUCCUCAAAAAUCGUCCCCCGAACCACAAUAUCCAUUUCGUCUGCGUUUCUUCCACGCUAUUCAAGCUGUGUGGAACGUCAUGGCCAGGCUGGAAACUGCCAAAGGACGGGGCUGCAUGGGCCGACUUUUUUGCGCCAAAGGCAAAGUCGGGGUGGCGGGCGUACGCCCUGAGCAAGUUUGCCAUCACCCUUUUGGCGUCACAGUUGGAUGGAGUCGAAGGCGUUACCGCAGUGGCCGUAAACCCCGGAAAUACUAUGACGAAUGUCACGAAAAAUCUGCCACAGCGCCAACGAAAAUUCCUGACCGUCUUCAAAAAAUCGCUCAUUACUGUGGGCUAG